AUGCCCGUGUGGUGGGGGCCGCGGGGGACGCGGAGGUGGCUAAGUAUGCGCGUGUACUGCGUGACGACGGUCCUCGCGGCGCUAGCGCUGCGCUCAGCCGCCGAGCCCGCGCGCCGCUUCCCCGCUGAGUGGCGCAGCGGACGCGAGCUGCGAUCCCGACCACUCAACGAGCUCUUCGAACCUGAGCCAGCCUCCGAGGCCUAUACACAACUGCAGUCUCCGCCCUUACCGCCCGGCGCGCUUUACAAGGAGCGCCGCCGCGGGCGCAGCAACAAACGAGCUCCGCACCAAUUAUCUUCGGAGAUCGCUAGCCAAAUGAUGUUGAGAGCCGCCCGCUCCAACCGACCGUACGAUGUGCCCCAAAUUGGUGAGUAA